CACGGACGUGAAAUCAACCAAUUAAAUCCACUUUCUCUCUCCCUCUCGCGUCCGAUCUCUCUCUCUCUCUACUCCAUACGACACAAAACAACAAAGCUCUCUCUCACCACGAGUCAACUCUCGCCGUCCUUUCUCGCGCAAAUCGCAUGCCCUAACCGUGAGAAAAGAGAGAUGACUAUGACGACGGAGGAGAAACCGGUUUCCGAUAACCGAGGUUGGGGUUUCUUCAAGAUUCCGUUUCGAAACUCAAGUGGCCACGGAAACGCCUCGAGUGCUACGUCUCCUUUCCCAUCGGGAGCUUCGUCUUCUUCUACAUCUUCUCAUCUCCAUAACCACCAUCCUCAACAACAUCAUCCUCACCAUCAUCAUCAUCAUCCUCAUCAUCAUCAGCUUGGCUAUAACGGGCCUCAUGGUGAUGGAUCGGGUCAAAAUCAGCACCCGACACCUUCGCCUUCAGUUUCAUCUGUUGCUAAGUCACUUCUGCCUACUAAACGCAGAUUGAAGCUUGAUCCGUCGGAGAAACUCUAUUUUCCUUAUGAGCCUGGGAAGCAAGUGAGGAGCGCUAUUAAGAUAAAAAAUACCAGCAAAUCACAUGUUGCCUUUAAGUUUCAAACAACUGCACCGAAGAGUUGCUUCAUGCGUCCACCAGGUGCUAUCCUUGCUCCUGGAGAGACUCUUAUCGCCACUGUGUUCAAAUUUGUUGAGCCUCCUGAGAAUAAUGAGAAGCCAAUGGAUCAAAGGAGCAGGGUUAAGUUUAAAAUCAUGAGCCUGAAGGUGAAAGGUCCAAUGGACUAUGUUCCUGAGCUGUUUGAUGAGCAAAAAGAUGAUGUGUCUAAGGAGCAAAUAUUGCGUGUUAUCUUCCUGGAUCCCGAACGUCCCAACCCUGCACUGGAGAAAUUGAAACGUCAGCUAGCUGAAGCAGAUGCAGCAGUGGAGGCGCGAAAGAAACCACCAGAGGAAACGGGUCCAAAGAUGAUUGGAGAAGGACUUGUGAUCGAUGAAUGGAAGGAGCGUCGAGAGAGAUAUCUUGCACAGCAACAAGGCGAAGGAGUUGACUCUGUCUGAGACUAAAAGAUCCUUUUCAGGACAAAAACAAGUGUGUGUUUGUGAAGAAGAAGAAGAAGAAGAGACCACGCUAUUGAAUUUCUCUGCUAACUUCCACAUUCGUAAUGCAAUAUAAGGAUCAUGCUGGUAAAAAAACAAAAAAAAAUGAAAACUUUUUUCGUGUAAAAAAAAAUGUAAACUUGGGGUUUGAUAAUGAAUUGCUCAUGUUAAGACUAAUAAAAAAAAAUUGACAGGA